GCAAAAGAAAUGAAGGCGGAGUAGUGUUGAACUUGAACCCCACCCCCCAACAAAUUCACAGCUCAUCUUUAACUUGGCAUCUUUAUACACAGUACUGUACUCUACACUCUCACUAGCAGUACCCCCUCCUUCCCACUGUCCCGUCAUUUCCACCACAAUUCUGACUGAUCACUCUGCCACCAUCCCCACCCACCGCCACCACUCUCCCCCACUGUUUCUCCCUUUUCUUUUUCACCCUCACCCCCCAACAUUUACAAUUAUUAGCAUCUGAAUCCUCUCUCUCUCUUUCUCUCUCUUCUACUACUAUAUAAAUCUUUUCUACCCAUGCUUCUGCACCUACCCACUACCAGCAGUAAACAGUAUCCGCCAUACCUCUUGAGUCUCUUCCUCCUCAGCCCUUAUUGUUUCUUGGUUGUUCUUGAUUUGUUUUUGUUUUUUUGGAUUGGAGUUGAAGGAUUAUCUAUGGAGGUGUAAUCACAAACAGUUGGCGGGCGUUUGGGGGAUUUGAUUGGUUUGUUUGUAUGUAUUGCAACAUGGUGGUGUUGUUUGUGGUAUUGGUGAGGAGAUGAAGGAGCGUCAGAGGUGGCAGCCGGAAGAAGACGCCCUCCUCCGCGCCUAUGUCAAGCAAUACGGUCCCAAGGAAUGGAACCUCAUCCCCCAACGCAUGGGCAAACCCCUCGACAGGGAUCCCAAAUCGUGUCUUGAGCGAUGGAAAAACUACCUCAAGCCCGGGAUCAAGAAGGGGUCGCUGACUCCCGAAGAGCAAAAUCUCGUGAUUUCGCUCCAGGCAAAGUACGGCAAUAAGUGGAAGAAAAUCGCCGCCGAGGUCCCCGGCCGAACCGCUAAGCGUCUAGGGAAGUGGUGGGAGGUUUUCAAGGAGAAGCAGCUCAAGCAGCUUCAGAAAUCGCAGAAGAAUCACCUGGAUUACGGAACACCGCCGGGUGUCUCCGCCGUGGCAAGCGGUGGGUCGCCGGUUAAAGCUGCGCAGGGGAAGUACGACCAUAUAUUGGAGACCUUUGCGGAGAAGUACGUGCAGCCUAAAUUGUUUCCUUUUCAGUCGGCGACGACCAAUAUGAUUAUGCCGGCGGCCAACCUUUCGCUUCCGGAACCGCCGCCGGUGCUUUCACUAGGAUCAAUUACAGAACCGGUGAAUUCCGCUUGUACAUCCGGAGCCCCGCUCCCGCCUUGGAUGAACAUGAACAUGAACACUACUCCCACCACGACGUCGUCCUUAACCUCCUCCUCCUCCACUCCAUCGCCUUCCGUAAGCCUGACGCUCUCACCUUCCGAACCGGCCGUCCUAGAUCCAAUCCACCCGGAGAUCACAGGAAUUCCGCCCCGGUUUUUCCCUGUCCAACAAGUGGGCCUCCUGCUUCAGCACUGUAAGGAGCUGGAAGAAGGAAGAGAGAACUGGAUGCGGCACAAGAAAGAGGCUACAUGGCGACUGAAUCGGCUGGAGCAGCAGCUGGAGUCGGAGAAGGCGCGGCGGAGGAGGGAGAAAACGGAGGAAAUAGAAGCGAAGAUACGGUGCCUGAGGGAGGAGGAAACGGCGUUCAUGAGCAGAAUUGAGGGAGAGUACAGAGAGCAAGUGAAGGCGUUGGAGAGGGAAGCGGAAGCGAAAGAAGCGAAGUUAAUGGAAGGUUGGUGCAGUAAUCAGGUGAAGCUGGGGAAGCUGCUUGCACAGAUUGGCCAUGGCUUCUCAGCCCCGCCUCCCAACUGAAAAUACCGGACGCCAUCUCUUCUUUUUGUUUUUGUUUUGGAUUUUUCAUGUUGUAGUGUGUGUGUGUGUGUGUACGCCUUGUGUACAACUUGUCAUGAAAUAUAGCUAUGGUAUGUUCAAACUUAAUAAAC